GACUCGGAUGCACUUUUUCUUUUCCACACCACGUCGCUCGUGGGUUUAACAACCACGCUGCGAGAUCAUUCAGUGUCCGCCGCCGACAAUGGAGGGGAGGCUGAUAUCUGUUCCAAAGUCGGACCGCGCGCUUCGGUUUUGGAUGGUAAUGACUUGCUUUAUCAUAUUUCAACGCGCAAACAGCGAGAUAACCUGCAGGUCGUGUCGGCGUGGACACACGGGGCUUGCGCGGGAAUUGCUGGUGGAAUUCACCGCGCGGGAAACUCCUUCAGGGUUAAAAGGAGAAGUUUUCGGUGACGAGGAAGCGGCUGCUGCAGGUGUGCGGAGUGGGAGUGGAAGUGGAAGUGGAAGGCUGCGUCGCGCGUCUUCGCCGCUGGAAACAACACGGAAUACAGACAAGCCGCACCCCGUCGACCAAGACGGCCGGAGAGACUUUUUGAACAUUCACCAGUGCGACGGCGCUAGAAGACGUCCCAGGCGGAGCGGAGACGACAAAGUCGGACAAAGUGGAGGCAGAGCCGAGAGGAGAGUCGGUCAGGACGAGCUCAAACUGAACAGCUCAACGUUCGCCUUGACCGGGGAUUCAUCUCACAACCAGGCGAUGGUGCAUUGGUCUGGGCAGAACAGUAGCGUGAUUUUGAUGCUGACCAAAUUACAUGACUUCAACCUCAACAGUGUCACUGAGAGCUCACUAUGGAGGUCAACUGACUACGGAGCAACAUACCAAAAACUGAAUGACAAAGUCGGAGCAAAGACGAUACUCAGUUAUUUGUACGUGAGCCCAAACAACAAAAGAAAGAUCAUGCUGCUAACUGAUCCUGAAGUGGAGAGCAGUCUUCUCAUCAGUUCUGACGAAGGAGCCACGUACCAGAAGUACCGGCUGAACUUCUACAUCCUCAGCCUGCUCUUCCACCCCGAGCAAGAGGACUGGAUUCUGGCCUACAGCCAUGAGCAAAAGCUCUACAGCUCAGUGGAGUUCGGGAGGAGGUGGCAACUGGUGCAUGAAAGAGUGGCUCCCAAUCGCUUCUACUGGUCAAAAAUGGGUCUGGAUAAGGAGCCGGGCUUGAUUCACCUGGAAACCACCAUCUCUGAAGGACAGGCAAUGUAUGUCACUUGCAAGCUGCAGAACUGCACAGAUGCCAACAAGGUCAAACCAUUCCCUGGCUACAUCGACCCAAAUUCUCUGGUGGUUCAAGAUGAGUAUGUGUUUGUUCAGGUUUCCACUGCGGGGAAGCCAGUCUACUAUGUGUCUGCAAAAAGAGAUGUCUUUACUCCAAUGAAACUACCAAAGUACACUUUGCCCAAGGACCUGCAUGUGAUCAGCACGGACGAAAACCGCGUGGUGGCUGCUGUGCAGGAGUGGAACCAGAAUGAAACCUAUAAUUUGUAUGUGUCAGACACGUCAGGAGUUUAUUACACUCUGGCACUGGAAAAUGUUGUCAGCAGCAUGGGCCCUGAAGGAAACAUGAUGGUUGAUUUAUAUGAGGUGGCUGGAAUAAAGGGGAUGUUCUUAGCCAAUAGAAAGGCGCACAAGCAAGUGAAGACGUAUAUUACCUACAACCGGGGCAGAGACUGGAGGUUGCUGCAGGCCCCAAACAAAGACCUGAGAGGCAACAACAUCCGCUGUAUUCUCCCAUAUUGUUCAUUACACCUUCAUCUUCACGUCUCUGCAAAUCCCUACACAUCUGGGAACAUCGCUAGUCGGGACUCGGCGCCAGGAAUCAUCCUGGCAUCCGGGUCCUUUGGUUCCGAGCUCACCAACCGCAAUAUCAGCGUUUACAUCACUUCGGAUGCAGGCAACACAUGGAGACAGAUCUUCAAUGAGGAAUACGCCGUGCUGUAUCUCGACCAAGGAGGAGCGUUAGUUGCAAUAAGACAUACUCCGCUUCCCAUUAGACACCUGUGGUUGAGCUUCGACGAAGGACGGCAGUGGAGCAAGUACAGCUUCAUCAGUAUCCCUCUCUUUGUGGAUGGUGUGCUGGGAGAGCCCGGGGAAGAGACACUCAUCAUGACGAUCUUUGGCCACGUGAGUCAUCGCUCUGAGUGGCAGUUGGUGAAAAUAGACUUCAGGUCAAUCUUCAACAGGAGAUGCACAGAGGCGGAUUAUCAGACGUGGCACCUUCACAAUCAGGGGGAGCCUUGUCUGAUGGGAGUGAAAAGAAUAUAUCGGAAGCUGAAGCCCACAUCUCGCUGUGUGAUGGGGAAGCUGCACUCGGUUUCAAUGGUGUCAGGACCGUGUGACUGCACAGAGGCUGACUUUGAAUGUGAUUAUGGUUAUGAGAGAAGGACAGAUGGAAAGUGUUCUCCUGCCUUUUGGUUCCAUCCAUCAGUGAUGUCCAGGAGAUGCGCCGCAGGAAUGACGUUCUUGAACAGCACUGGCUAUAGGAAGGUGGUAUCGAACAACUGUACAGCUGGAGUCAUUGUGGAAUACACAGCCAGGAGGCAGCAGUGCCCCAUGCAAGCACCCAAGGGUCUCCACCUGGUCACCAGCGAGGGUACACUGACGGCUGCAGUGGGCGCCAAUGUCACCUUUCUUGUUUUUCUCGAGCAGGGAGACGGGGCACGGACUAGCAUUACGCUGGACUUUGGCGACGGCCACGCUGUGACUUAUUCCAAUCUAAGCUCAAUUGAGGAUGGGAUCAAAUACAUCUACAAGACAGCUGGUAUCUUCCGGGUGACUGCUGUGGGGGAGAAUAGCCUUGGCUCAGAGACUGCCAUACUCCACCUACACAUAUUAUGUCAGCUGGAGUACAUCCAUCUCUCGGCUCCCUUUGUGGCUGUACGGAAUAAAGAAGUGAACCUGACAGCAGUUCUGUGGCCCGGCCAAGUGGGAACAGUAACCUAUAUCUGGUGGAUUGAAAAUAACACUGAGCAGCCCAUAAUCACCCUGGAGGGAAGUGUGACAUACACAUUUCCCCAGGAAGGCAUCAGUACCGUCACUGUGCAGGUGUCUGUGGGGAAUACUAUCCUGCAGGACCGAAAGACUAUUUUUGUCCAUGAGUAUUUCCAAUCUCAUUUGUUGGCAUUUUCUUCAAACAUGGACGACCACAACCCUGAUGUUCCAGAAUGGAGGCUGGAUGUGAGCCGAGUCAUCAAGUAUUCUUUUAUCCAGGCCACAGGUGUGAGUGAGGACCAGGUCCUGGUCAGUGUCCUCCCAGGUCUGCCUACAACAGCAGAACUUUUCCUCUUGCUUGACAAAGAGUUCAUCGAAGGACGACCAGAGAAGAACGCCGCACAUUUGAACCAAUUGUCUGAAGUCAUGCUGAGUGCCUUGAAUCAAAACCUGGUUAAGUUUACCCUGCGGCCUGGGGUCCAGGUCACAGUCUUUGCAGCGCACCUGUCAGCAGCACCCCUAGUGGACAGCAGUGAGAACCACAGUACCUCGGCCACGCUGAUGCUGCUAUCACUCGUGGUUGUCGGUUUAGCCGUGUUUGUCAUCUACAAAUUCAAGAGGAAGAUCCCAGGCCUCAACGUCUAUGCGCAGAUGCAGAACGAAAAGGAACAAGAAAUGAUGAGUCCAGCUAAUCCAACAGAGGCCUUGGCCGGCUCGCAGCGGGACUUGGUUCAUUCUUUGGAGACUCUGGACACGGCGUUCAACUCACAGCCUGUUGAAGUUAAACGAUCUGUUCCGGGAGUGCAUGGAGACUGAACAAGAUGUAAGAAACCUCCCGUUCAUGUGACAUUCUCUGCAGAACUCCCCACAUAUGUCGUGUAACCUUUGGACUGGACUGGUGCUGCGCCGUUCAUGGUUUGAAUCAUUCUGGGACUUUAUGGUUUUUGAGCUUUAUACCCGUGCAUGUUGGAUCUCACUGACAUACUAGAAGAAACACGUCAUUGUUUUCUUUAAACAUACAAUUUAUCAUAUAAAUUAUGAACUUUUUCUACAAUGUCUUAUGAUCGAGAAGGAAUUACGAUUAUGAGAUUUUGGUUUUGCCUACAUUGAGACACUUGUUUUUUUAAUAUGAUAUGACAAACACAUAGCAGCAGUAUAUUCAUUAAAAUAGUGUUAUUUAAAUUGAAAGUAAAUUAGAGCUGAUUUGUAAAUCAUGAAUGUAAAAUAUGUGUUAAUUAUAUGUAUUUCAAGUGUUAUACAAAACAGAAAUUAUAUAAUUCUGAAUAAAAUACUUUAGAAUUUUUUUUGGGGUCGGGGGGUGGGCGGUAAUAUGGCACAAUGCACAUUUUCUAUUGAAAUAGUGGGGUACAUGUUUUUAUUUCUUUCUAAUAACUUUGAUUUUCAGCUUAUGCCUCUGGUAAUGCUUAUGAUUAGAAACUUACCAGUUUUUAAAUGUAUUAGCACAUAUUCUUGCAGGCUCUAUGGAUGGUUAGCUCUUUCGUGUAGAACUCUUGUUUUUUGCCGUAUGUUCGGAAUCUUAGAUGUCAAAGUCCGAUCGAUGCUUUGCAUAUCUUAGGACAUUUUAAAUCCUUGUUUAGUUAGGAGAAGCAGGACAUUUUGGUUGACUUCAAACAGUGGUUCUCAACUGGUUUGGUUGCGGCACCUACGCUACUUUUCGUAUGAUAAUUUCUCAAAUAUGUAAUUUAAGGAAAAAACGAGGGCGGUUUGAAUUUUAGGCAGCGCAAAAUGCCAGUACAAUUUCAGGAACAAUACAUUUUUACCCACAAACUCCAAAAUAUGUCUCUCCUCUAGCUCGACAGAAAUAUAACAAGUUCUUUAAGAAACUGCAGUUGAAUUGCCUACUUUGAAGCACUGUAAAAAUGAACAUCUGUAAAUAAAGUAUAACAAUUUUAAUAACCAGGGCCGCCCUUCCCUAUAGCGCCCUGCGAUAUCAAUCAAUCAAAGUUUAUUUAUGUGUGGUGUUCGGGUCUGUGGGACCCGUUUUCAUUUUUUAUUAAAAGAAAAACGAUACAAUUAAUUAAUUUUUCAAACUGAGACUCACUGACUUUGGCUCAUUUUCUGUGAAGAACAUAUAUCAGAAUAUAUAUUUAAUGACCACACACCAUACACCCACCCCUACACAUAUACACUACCGUUCAAAAGUUUGGGGUCACCCAAACAAUUUUGUGGAAUAGCCUUCAUUUCUAAGAACAAGAAUAGACUGUCGAGUUUCAGAUGAAAGUUCUCUUUUUCUGGCCAUUUUGAGCGUUUAAUUGACCCCACAAAUGUGAUGCUCCAGAAACUCAAUCUGCUCAAAGGAAGGUCAAUUUUGUAGCUUCUGUAACGAGCUAAACUGUUUUCAGAUGUGUGAACAUGAUUGCACAAGGGUUUUCUAAUCAUCAAUUAGCCUUCUGAGCCAAUGAGCAAACACAUUGUACCAUUAGAACA